AUGCCUAGCAAGUACGACGAUGGAGAAAGCCGCCUAAACGAGUAUGAAGUAAUUAAAAAGAUAGGGAAUGGAAGAUUUGGAGAGGUGUUCCUUGUAAAGCAUAAAAGGACGCAAGAAUUCUUCUGUUGGAAGGCUAUAUCGUAUAGAGGGUUGAAAGAAAGAGAAAAGUCACAACUGGUAAUAGAAGUAAAUGUGAUGAGGGAACUAAAACACAAAAAUAUUGUUCGGUACAUAGAUCGCUUUCUCAAUAAGGCUAAUCAAAAGUUGUAUAUCCUGAUGGAGUUCUGUGACGCAGGGGAUUUAUCAAGGAAUAUACAAAAGUGCUACAAAAUGUUUGGUAAAAUAGAAGAACAUGCAAUUGUAGACAUUACAAGACAGUUACUACAUGCCUUAGCGUACUGUCACAAUUUGAAGGAUGGACCUAAUGGGGAGAGAGUAUUACACAGAGAUUUGAAACCACAAAAUAUUUUUUUAUCUACUGGGAUUCGCCACAUAGGAAAAAUAACAGCUCAAGCGAAUAAUCUAAAUGGAAGACCUAUCGCAAAAAUUGGAGAUUUUGGACUUAGUAAAAAUAUUGGUAUAGAAAGUAUGGCACACUCCUGUGUUGGUACCCCCUACUACUGGUCUCCUGAAUUAUUGUUACAUGAGACGAAGAGUUAUGAUGACAAGAGUGAUAUGUGGGCUCUUGGUUGCAUCAUCUAUGAACUUUGCUCGGGCAAGACUCCAUUUCAUAAGGCGAAUAAUUUUUCGCAACUUAUUUCCGAACUGAAGAGAGGACCUGAUUUGCCCAUCAAAGGGAAGUCAAAGGAGUUAAAUAUGUUGAUAAAAAAUUUGCUGAACUUGUCUGCGAAGGAGCGGCCAAGCGCUCUACAGUGCCUGGGGUAUCAGAUCAUUAAGAAUAUGGGUCCCCCUGGGGGUACUGUGGGUGUCACUACUACCCCCGGUGCUGUUGUCACGAGGAGAAAUGCAUCCAAGGAGCACGCAAAUCUACAGCUAGCUAGCGUAGAAAACGGGAAAAAUGCGGAAGCAGCCAAUUAUGGCAUUUCACAGAAUGUCCUCAUAAACCAAAGGAAUGACGAACAACACGGGAGGAGAAGCUCCAGCUGCGUCAGCAGACAGAGCGCCAACAAUGUAACCAUUAAGGAUGGAGCUGCGAACUCUCAUGCGGUUAAUGGGCACUACAGUAGUCGGGUGGAUAAGGACCUCGCGGAGAGGACCCGAAUCGAAAAGGAGAACGCCCAGCGGAAGGCGUUGGAGAUGAAGAUCCUGGAGAAGAAGCGAAUUGAGCGUCUAGAAAGGGAACGCGUGGAACGGUUAGAAAGGGGGCGUGUGGAACGACUGGAACGGGAGCGUGUGGAGAGGCUAGAAAGAGAGCGUGCAGAGAGGCUGGAACAGGAGCGUGUGGAUCGCCUGGAGAGGGAACGAGUGGAGCGCCUGGAACGGGAACGAGCGGACCGCCUUGAACGAGACCGAUUGGAGAAGGCGCGUCGGAAUUCGUACUAUCUGAAAGGCAUGGAGAAUGGGCCCAACGGAGGAGGUGGGCCAGCCGACGGGCCCAAUGUGGGCACCAACGACGGCAGGAGUCACAGCGGCGUUCGCAGCAGUGUGCACAAUAGCAUACACAAUAACAUACACAAUAGCAUACACAGUAGCAUACAGAGCAGUGUCCGAAGUGGCGUGCAUGACCACGUGCGUAAGAGCAGCGCUGCGAAGGUCGAAGGGAUGGGGAACGGGAGAGCUCGGCCGCCCAGCCAAGGCACCCACGACGGAAGCUUCUCCAGAGGGAAAGACACAAAUAACCACGUAAGUAACUACAAGCCAUACAUGUAUGACAGUAGGAAAGAAAAGAAUUAUCAAGAGACAUUUAACAGAAGCGAUGUGCAUGGUUACAUGAAGAACAGCUCCAUAACCACGACGGUACCCUCAAGUCAUAUUAUGCAGACACAAGGAAACACAGCAAUGAGUGUGAAUUCUAAGUACCUGGGUGGAGGGGGCUAUGGAGCAUACAGCAACAACCACGCCGCCACUGGUCAGUACGUCCUAAACCCGGUGGAGAGUGCGAAGUAUCGAGACCAUAACAAGUAUAACGUUGGGCUAGCCAAAAAUGCAAAGGAGAUUUACAAAGAGACGGUGAACCCGAUUUGCUCCACGGAGUCGCAGUACGAACGGGCGUAUAAUCAUAGUAACAGGGGGGGGCAUGCUCGUAGUGGCAGUGGGAGCAGUGGUAGGAGCGGGAGAUGCGAUGACGGGGGGAGAAGCUGCGUAGGAGGAAGAAGUGGUGACGGGGGCCGAAGUGACGAGCGGGAUGGCGGGACCUGCAAGAGCAACAGGGUGUCAAACAUCUACUUCAAUGACAACGCCAGGAGGAGCGUCAGCGCGCUGCCACACAUGAAUGCAAUAAACGCGAAAAAAUGUAGCACCUACAAUAACACCUAUGAUGAGGGCACGCUCAGUAAGAAGGGCGCCGAAGUAGACCGAAGUUACAAGCAUCUGGAAAAGGACAGGGAGUACCUUCUGGAAAAGCGCAAGAUGCUCAUGGAGAAGGAAAAGGGCAUCUACGACCGAAUGCGCCACAACAACGACUACGCGUAUGCCCCUGUUCGCGGGUUUGACCGAGGUGAAGAUAAGAAACCAAACGAGCUGGAUAGGCGAAACAGAAGCCUCUCCAUGUGCAUGAACGAGCAGGAAAAGCGAAGGGACUCUUCCACGUAUAACGUGAAGAAGGAGUACCACGAGGAGCAAGAGCAAGGAGAACUCGGCAACAGCUACACCCUGCAGAAGAGAAAUAUGUACCCCUUGAAGAACUACACGCAUAAAGGCCCGGACGCCUACACGUGCAGGUAG